CGCAGUUAGCAAUCGCCGAUGGGACCGCUAACGUUAGCUUAUAGUAUUCCAGGCAUGUCUGUGAUCAUGCUAGCACGUAUUUGGCUUGUUUGGGGUGGCAUUGAUACUUAGCACGUUUAAGUAGCCAACCUAAUCUAACACUAACCGGCUAGCUAGUUGCUGCUCUCUGUGUUGCAGUCAUAUUUCACAGUACCGUAGCUAGGAUUCUUAGAAAGCUAACAAAAUCGGCUAAUGAGUGUAGUCGAGGUGGAUGUGAACACGGUAACUACAGUUAGAUUGAACGACUUUGGUUAUAACAUUAGCAAGUCAUCUGAACGAGAACAUUCGACCAGCAACUUAGCGUGCUAGCUUGUUAGCGUAUUCGGUAGGCAGAGCAUGUCAGCCUGGUGGUGAAUGAAUGAGGCAUCCAGCAACUGCCAAGUGGUAUGACAGACGGGACUGCGUCUUCAUUGAGUUCUGCAUUGCUGACAGCAAGGAUGUUGAAGUCAAUUUUGAAAAGUCAAAGUUUGCUUUUAGUUGUCUAGGUGGGACUGACCAGGUCAAGCAUUCAAAUGAAAUUGACCUGUUUGAAGCGAUUGAUCAAAAAGAUUCCAAACACAAACGCACAGACCGGUCAGUGUUGUGUUGUUUACGAAAAGUUGAGGCUGGGAAAAAAUGGCCAAGAAUGACAAAAGAAAAAGCUAAGCUGAAUUGGCUCAGCGUUGACUUUAACAACUGGAAAGACUGGGAGGAGGACUCUGAUGAGGAACAUGAAAAUUUUGACCGUUUCUCAGAGAUGAUGAACAGUAUGGGAGGGGAGGAUGGAAUGCCAGAUCUAGAUGGAGUCGAAGAAGAGGAAGAGGCAGACAGUGAUGAUGAAAAAAUGCCAGAUUUGGAAUAAACCCUGGAUUAAAAACGGUGGGAGAGUCAUGAUUGAACAGUUUACAAUCUGAAAACGAGGGGAAGACCAGAACAAGUGGACAAAUCUUAAUCGCUAUGGCCUCUGCUUGCAGGUCUCUCUCUAAACUCACCCAUGGUUCCACUGAAGGUUGAUAUGCAUACUGUUGUACAGAGCUCUUCACAAUGAUACAGUACUUGCUUAUUUUCUCAUCUGUUUUAACUUGUUCUGUUGUACUAUGAAUACCUUUGACCUGUUCUGAAGUACUGCACAGUACGUUGUACAGUUUUUCAUCUUGUAAGCAAUACAAUGUGAGAUGCAAGGAGAUAUGAUUAAUAUUUUUUGUCCAACCCCUCAUUGUUUGAUUCAGCUGGUAGUAUGAUUAUGUAGGACUAAAAUGGCCACCAAGGGUCUUUUAUUGUACACAGAAAGGUGUCCAUAACAGUAGUGCUGUUGGAUAUGCUGCCUUAAGUAAAUCUCAAAACAUCUGUUAAAGUACCCUGUUGUAGUGUUCAACAACCUAGUGUUUUACAACCGUUCCCACAAGCUGGAACACCGCCCUGUAAGAAAUAUUGUAUAACAUAUUACAAUCCGUCAUGCUAUUUGAAACUUAAACCCCACUUGUGAUGUUCCUCCUUGCAUAACUUGGAUGGUGUGUUCCCUUGCUGUUAAUCAUACCCUCAAAGCCUCACACAAUGUAUAUCAUUUCAUACACAAAGUGGAUACUGGAUUCUAUGUAAUAGUCCCCCCCACACACUGGGUGUUUUUCCUUGUAAAUGUUGUGGAGUCAAGCAGGUGGACUCAGAUGAAACGACUGUAAACAUGAUAUUGACCAAAUUAUAUUUGCACUGUUCGUUCAAUACAAGUUUGGAACAGGAAUUACAAAAGGUUAGUCUGAAGUAUGUGUGUCAACCUGUCAGUGUCACUGGCUAUCUAAAAUACUGGGGGAAAGCAGUUUUUUUUUUUAAGGAUUGUCAACAUCUUUGUAAUAAACUGUCAAAGACUUGA